AAUUUCAGGUUUUACAAGAUGAAAGCGUGGCAGGAAGUAUCCCAUUGCUGCCGAGAAACAUGUUUCAGGAAACUAAUCUUAAAAAGAUAUAAACAGCAUGCCUAUCCAACUUGCUUGAGGGAAAGACUACAGUUUUAAGUUGUUUAGAAGAGUGUGUAGAAAGAUACUGUUGCCAGUUGUUAUCACUUUUAGAAGAGAUGUGGGUGCCAAAAAGCAAGUUCAGGAUUGUUUUGGUAUCUGUUUAUUUUUAAAUGGGGAUGGAGUGCUGAUGGAGAUGGUUUUCUACUCAAAGCUGCUCCUGUUGGUAAAUGUUUCUUUUAUAGACUUUGAAAAAUCGUGCAUUUAAGUGAAACCAUCCAGAGGGAAAUAGGAUUAUGGAUACUGAAUUCUGUGAUUAAAGCUAAUCCUAAAAUAUAAAUAAAAUGUGGAAAGUGUCCUUUAAAAAUAAAAUAUAUCAAGUCAUAGUAGCAAGCAGAUCAAGUGUCCUACCCCCAGUUCCCCAGCCAGGGGUUUCUUUACUGUUUUGUUCAGAGUUCCUACUGAGUAGCCUAUGGUGUUCGUGUACAUCACAUGCCGGCGGGGGCGGGGGCGGGGGGGGGUGUCACUUAAGAAUGCAGUGUCCCUGGAGCCAGCAGGUCCAGCUGCCAGGAACCCUUGCCUGAAGAAUGGCUGAACCCCUUUGGCUCUGGUUCCCAGCAUCAAGCUGCCUUCCUCUAAGUCAUUCCCUCAGAAUUGGUAAUGAGCCAGUGGGAAAGUAGGCUUUGAGGAAGUCAGUCAAGAGGGGAGAGCAAAGGAGAUGCUCAGAACAAAAGAAGGAUGAUGUCAGUGUCCUAGUUAGUGCCCUUCUGUCAGAAGCGGGGAAAUAAGUUCUCUCUCAGAUUCUUAGUGUUGCCAUUGUUUUCUUUUUAAAAACUUUAAAGAAAUUGUGAAGUGUAAUACACAAACAUUUUUAACUGGCUCACUGAGAUUCUUCCCUUCUUACUCUGCUACCUUAACUGUCCUUGCUUCUGGUGAUGAUUGCAGAAGAUAACAGUUGGGAGGCUUUGCUAACAGAAGAAGACAAACAGAAGUUGAGAUGAAAAAAACAAAAAUAUCAGUGAAAGAAUAAGUUUGAGAUCCCUGCAAAUAAAAAAAAAAUUCUGAAAUCCCAUUUCCGUAUGAUGAUACACAAGGCAGCUGAAUGGGAAAAAGACAAGUCCUAUUUUGUAACGGAUUAUGACCCAACCAUUGAGGAUUCCUACACAAAGCAGUGUGUGAUAGAUGACCGAGCAGCCCGGCUAGAUAUUCUGGAUACAGCAGGACAAGAAGAGUUCGGAGCUAUGAGAGAACAGUAUAUGAGAACUGGCGAGGGUUUCCUGCUGGUCUUUUCAGUCACAGAUCGAGGCAGUUUUGAAGAGAUCUAUAAGUUUCAAAGACAGAUUCUCAGAGUGAAGGAUCGUGAUGAGUUUCCAAUGAUUUUAAUUGGUAAUAAAGCAGAUCUGGAUCAUCAAAGACAGGUAACACAGGAAGAAGGACAGCAGUUAGCCCGACAACUUAAGGUAACAUACAUGGAGGCGUCAGCCAAGAUUAGGAUGAAUGUAGAUCAAGCUUUCCAUGAACUUGUCCGGGUUAUAAGGAAAUUUCAAGAGCAGGAAUGUCCUCCUUCACCAGAACCAACACGGAAAGAAAAAGACAAGAAAGGCUGCCAUUGUGUCAUUUUCUAAGAAUCCCUUGAAUUUUAGCUACCAACUGCCAGGAAAAGCCCUCAUCUUCUCCUUCUCUCCUUAUGGUUUACAUCACAUCACGUUGGUACCUUUCUAGCCUUAGACAAAUGAUCACCGUGGUAGCCUUAGACCUAGAAGCUGGCUAAUCCUUUCUGUGAAGCUAAUCCUAUGGUCAUUUCAAGACAGAUUUAAAGGAAACACUAAGGCUGCUUCAAAGAUUAUCUGAUUCCUUAAAAAUACUGAUCUAUAUACACAGACACAUUUCUUUUUUAAGGGCUUACAUUUUAAUAGGGAUGAAUCAGUUUUGGAACCUAAGCUGUUUGCCAAGCUGAAGUCAUAGGUUGUGAAAUAACUUUUACCUUCUGGAAUCAUAUUUCCUAUUGUUACUCUAAAUAGAAAUGUAAGGAGUUUUUUUUAAAUGUGAAUUUUUGCCUAUCUUUAAAAAUUUUGAUGUCAACUUUAGUUAACCUGAAAUACACUGAAUUGAACCACAAAAAUGAGACAUCUCGGACCUUUACUGAUGCUACAGCCUUUGUUUUCCAGUGGCCAAAAUACCAAAUGCCUAUUGUAUUUAUAGGUUAAAAACUGCAUAUGAAGCCUUUAUUAAGUGCUCCACUCCUGAAGAGGAUAGUAAUGUUCUGUAUGGCCAAAUAUUUGGACUUAUUCUGGGCUUAAGGCAUUUCAAUGUUCUUGGUUUUUUAAGUUAACUCUUUUCACAGCCUUGUCGAGAGUAAAAAUAAAUAAUUUCUGUCUGUCUUCCUUUUCAAGUAUUUCUGGAUAAGGGAUUCAAAAAAACUAAAACUGUUUUUGUUUGUAAUAUAAAAUAUGGAAUUGAUCUUUCCGAGGUCAGAGAUGAUUAAUGUUUUUGCUAUAUACUUUUAUACAUUAUUUUCUUAUCAAACUAGUUAACAAGUAUUUUUAUAUGUUUGUAAGCAAAUAUGCUUUCACAGCAUACCUUGUGUAUAUGUAAAGAUAAGUAUUUAAUUCUCACUGUUCACUUUUAACUGACAAAGAAAAAAAAGUGAAAACUACAGAAACUGUGGUAGAACUUUACUUGCUGUUCUGGUCCUGGUCCUGGUGGCGCCCACCUCUGGCCAGUCACAUACCUGCUCGAGGAACCUUCUCCAUAGAUUACAACAGGAUGAGAAUCUGAAGUCACUUUUGAUACCCCGUACUAGGUAUUGGCUGUUAUAUCAAGUAGUAAGUGUAAAACUUAAUUGACAAUUAGUAUAACUGUGGAUGGCUUUUGAUUUUGUUUUUAAUUCUGUGGAUUGUGUUUAAACAAUUCAAAAGUAUGUUCCUGAUCGUGAGAUACUAAGUGGUAUUGCACAGUUGUCACUUUAUUGAAUGUGUACAACAGUCCCAUGAAGUUGAUAAAGCGUACCCUUGUAUAGCUUCAGGUGCUAGAAUUAAAAUUGAUCUGUUAUCACAAGA